AUGACUAAUAGUGUCACUAUUGAUUUUGAUGGUUACCCUAAAUCUCCCGCCAUUGAUAUUAUCAUUGGAAACACUUACUAUUAUACGGAUGAUCUAACUAAUGAACAGGUAGAGAUAACUCUCACUGUAAACCCUCCUAAUCUCUCUGGAUACGAAAAACUGGAGCACAAACCAAAAGAUCCCAAGGUAAAGAUUAAAGGCAUUCAAUAUUCUACUAUUCCUCAGAAUGGAUUUCCUCCUGAUCUCUCUAGAUAUGAAAGCGUCACAGUAUACUGCUGGGGAGGUGACAGUAAUUAUAAGCCAAUAGUAGUGCGAUUAGGAUCUGGAGAUGAUUAUUAUAAAGGUGCCGUUGCUGAGGAUUCUUGGAAUCCUGCCGGAAUAAAAUCUAGUGGUCUCCUAAAUCUUCUUGAAAAUGAAAGUUGCAGAUGUCAUUCUGCCCAUAUUUUAGAUAUUUCUAAGAAGGGUAACGAAUCUUACGAUUGUUCCGCCUGUAAACAACAGAAUGCCAUUACUCUACACUCUGAAACUGUGAAAGAUUACAAAAGAGUCGCUCAUACUCCUGGAGGCUUUGUUGGAAGACUAAAGAAUGGCCAGGAUAGUAUUAACAGCAUUCCAAUAACAAGGGAUAUAUCUGAUGUUUACGUGUAUUGGUACCCUAAGGACGGAGGAAAAAGCGGACCUCUCCUAAUUUACUUUUCAUUGGAUAGUGCAUGGAUCAAGAGAGUUUCAAAAGCAAGUAAUGAAUGGACUCCAACAGUUGAAGAUGAAUUAGAUAAUGAUGACUCUUCUAAGAUUCUUAAACUUUUGAAGAAAAUAAAGGGAAAUAGUGAAGGACCUUCUGCAGGAGAUAUAGCAGGUUAUGUAGCAGAGGGCCUCACCAGUGGAGGUGUUGGAACUGAAGCGUAUAACUUCUUCUUCAACCCAAAUAGAAGUGCUACAAGACAGAUAAUUAGAUUGUUAACGAUGUUAAUUUAA